CGCCGCCGCGGAGGCAGAGCUGCGGCCGGCCGUGCCCGCAGCAGUUGGUGGUCUGCGCGUGUCUUUCCGUCCCUCUUUCCUACCUCCCGCCCUUCUUCCGCGGCCCGCCUCCCGUCAGCAACACCGCCUCCGCCCCGCGCUGCGCGGCUUCUGGCAGAGCAGCCUGCCCGGCUGCCUCUCUGCACACCGCCGAGCCAGGCAGCCGCGCUCCCCUCCAUGCGCGGUGCUGCGCGCCCUCGGAAGCGCAGGGACUUUCGCACUUGCCCAGAAGCCGCUGCUGUGUGAAAGAAAAUGUCAGUCAGCAUGCAUGAAAAUCGCAAAUCUAGGGCCAGUACUGGCUCCAUAAACAUAUACUUGUUCCACAAGUCGUCCUACGCUGAUAGUGUCCUCACUCACCUGAACCUUCUGCGUCAGCAGCGUCUCUUUACAGAUGUACUUCUCCACGCUGGGAAUAGGUCAUUCCCCUGCCACAGAGCCGUCCUGGCUGCUUGUAGCCGCUAUUUUGAAGCAAUGUUCAGUGGAGGACUGAAAGAGAGCCAGGACAGUGAAGUCAACUUUCAUAACUCAAUUCACCCAGAAGUCUUGGAGCUUCUUCUGGACUAUGCAUAUUCUUCCAGGGUUAUCAUCAAUGAGGAGAAUGCAGAAUCGCUGCUGGAAGCCGGUGACAUGUUGGAGUUUCAGGACAUUCGGGAUGCUUGUGCAGAAUUUCUGGAGAAAAACCUUCAUCCCACCAACUGUCUUGGCAUGCUGCUGCUGUCGGAUGCUCACCAGUGCACCAAGCUGUAUGAGCUCUCUUGGAGGAUGUGCCUUAGCAACUUCCAGAGUAUCAGUAAAAGUGAAGACUUCCUCCAGCUGCCAAAAGACAUGGUAGUGCAGCUCCUUUCCAGUGAAGAAUUAGAAACUGAAGAUGAAAGGCUGGUAUAUGAAUCAGCUAUCAACUGGGUCAACUAUGACCUGAGUAAGCGCCACUCUUACCUGCCAGAGUUAUUGCAGACGGUGAGAUUGGCCCUCUUGCCUGCCAUAUACCUUAUGGAGAAUGUGGCCAUGGAAGAACUCAUCACCAAGCAAAGGAAAAGCAAAGAGAUUGUAGAAGAAUCAAUAAGAUGCAAGUUAAAAAUCCUUCAGAAUGAUGGAGUGGUUACUAGUUUGUGUGCCAGACCCCGCAAAACUGGCCAUUCACUUUUUCUUCUGGGUGGGCAAACCUUUAUGUGUGACAAGCUGUACCUGGUGGACCAAAAGGCAAAGGAGAUCAUUCCAAAGGCUGACAUACCAAGUCCACGGAAAGAGUUCAGUGCUUGUGCCAUAGGCUGCAAAGUGUAUAUCACCGGGGGACGAGGGUCAGAAAAUGGAGUCUCCAAAGACGUGUGGGUGUAUGACACCCUUCACGAGGAGUGGUCAAAGGCUGCUCCCAUGCUGGUAGCUAGGUUCGGGCAUGGGUCUGCCGAACUCAAGCACUGUCUGUAUGUAGUAGGAGGACACACCGCAGCAACUGGUUGCCUUCCAGCUUCCCCUUCAGUAUCCUUGAAGCAAGUAGAACAGUACGACCCUGUGACCAACAAAUGGACCAUGGUUGCCCCACUGCGCGAGGGAGUGAGCAACGCAGCUGUAGUCAGUGCGAAGCUCAAGCUGUUUGCUUUCGGAGGUACCAGCGUUAGCCAUGACAAGCUGCCCAAAGUUCAGUGCUACGAUCAGUGUGAAAACAGAUGGACAGUACCAGCCACCUGCCCCCAGCCCUGGCGCUACACGGCUGCAGCUGUUCUGGGAAACCAGAUUUUUAUUAUGGGUGGAGACACCGAAUUCUCCGCGUGCUCCGCUUACAAAUUCAACAGUGAGGCGUACCAGUGGACAAAGGUGGGAGAUGUGACAGCCAAGCGAAUGAGCUGCCACGCAGUGGCGUCUGGAAACAAGUUGUAUGUGGUUGGAGGUUACUUUGGCAUUCAGAGGUGCAAGACGCUGGACUGCUACGAUCCCACGUUAGAUGUAUGGAACAGCAUAACAACUGUGCCCUAUUCGUUGAUUCCGACGGCAUUCGUCAGCACAUGGAAACACCUCCCCUCAUAAUUGUGUGUGUGUCCCUAUUACAAAUUAUCAGUUUACUCCUCUAUUUGGAGAAGAGAAUUGGAACCUCAGAUCUGGAGAAAUGGUUUUAAUGAAGAAAGAUCGUUCAGCGUCUCUUGCGUUUGAAGAAAAUCAUCUGCACCUUGUAAAUUAUCUAAUCUACACAUGAAGGAAUGGGAGAAAAAAAACUGUCUUCAGUGCUUCAGCACAUAGCUUAAAUAUGAAUGGACAAACCUAUGAUCAGGUCCUUGUGCUAAUAAUUGUGGAUUAAUGCCAAUAUUCAUCAGUCCUUCAAAGGAGAAAAAGAAGAGACAAACUUCUCUGAGCUGUGCAGCACACAGCACUUGAUUUCCAUGGACUCCACUGUUUGUAUGUGAAAUUUGAAAUGGUUGUCACCUCUCUUUGUGGUGAUUUGAAGUGCCAGCCCCAGUUGCGGGGAAAACAGGCCAGGUCUGAAACAGCGAGAUGCCUCUGUGAAUGAAGAUACAGUGGUAUUGCUGCUGAACUCUGCUAAUCAGAGCAUGCUUGUCUGUGGGCAGCGCCUACAGCAUCUCUUAGAUCCUGCAUUGCAUUGUCCUGUGUGCAGUGAGUGAUCUUCUGCUUGAUAAGGAGCAGCCCAAUGGUGAAAUGUUCUUGCAAGAGUGGGGGAAAAAAAACUACAUCCCCUAAAUGCUCCUUGUUCCUUUUCCUCCCUGUAUUUAUAAGUAGUUCAAACUGUCCCAUUCCUGUUAUAUUACUUGUUGUAGAUAUAGUUAUUUAUUGUUCAGUGCUUGCAUGCUGAAACAAUGCCUGCAAUUGUCUUCAUGUUGCAAGGGCUUGUGUGAAUUGUUGUAUGUUUUGCACAUUUUGUGAUCGCUGACUUGCUCUGCUGCACAAAGAAAGAAAACUAUUGGGUAACAGUUGGAGGUGGGAGGGAGGGGUGGCUUCCCAGUCAGAAAUGGAAGGAUUACAAGGCAGGAUCUUAAAUUACACAUGUACUAGAGGAAGAAGCCAUGGAGGUCACUUUCUCAGGCCACCAGCUCCCCAGGUUGCAUGUAGUGUGACUUGUAGAUGGUGUCCUUGCUACAUUUCAUUUGUUGGUCAUGCCUUUCAUUUUCUAAUCUGGAAAUAGCCAAAAUCUCUUGCAGCUCUCUCUUUGUGCAGCUUCUUGAUUGCAACACAAAUACUGUGGAAGAGCUUCUGGAUACCAAGCCCAUAUGAAGUCAUUGUCCAAAGUUAUUUAUUUAUUUAUUGGGUCGGAGAAGGGGUACCUACAAUAUAGCCAGAUUGACCUGAGUGAGUGGAAUAUGGUGAUUCAAGAAUAAAAACAAAAAAAAAACCUCAAGCUAGGUUAGUGAUGAAGUCUUAAAAAAAAAAGAAAAAGAAAAAAAAAAGAA